CGCCCAGGCAGGGGGGUGGGUGGGGUGCAUGCUGCUGGAGUGGUGAGUGCGUGGGGCUGGGGGCAGGGAGGGAUGGAAGGGGUGUGGGGGCCUGCGGCUGGGUGCCUCCGUGCUGGAGUCUGGGGGCCAGCAGGAGGCUGAGGGUGCACUUUGGGCGGAGAAACAGUGUGGGCAGCACAUGGCAGUGGGAGGCUGGGUGCCCUCAUAGUGGGUAAGGAUGGGACACCCCAAGAAUGCAAGGUUCAGAGCAGUGGCAUUGCCACAGCAACUGGGCUCCUGGGAACACUAGGAAGGGUGGGAAUAGGGAGCCUCUGCCUGGGGACAGGCCAUGGCUGGGGACAGCAUCAGACAGAGGUUGGGACACUAUGGCAGUUAUGGGAGAAGGGUCUCACAGUGUCACUUGGGCUGGCUGGCUGCAGCAUAUCCCAUCUCUAUGCUGUGUGCUGUGCACAGCACGUUGCCAUGGGCUGAACCCACACCCAUCAGGAACGGGUCUACUGCACCCCACUGCUGCUGUGCUGCCUGCUUGCUGGUGCUAUACAUAGGGCAGCCCUGCCCCGUCGAGGCACUGCAUGGAGCAGGCUCAGUCUUAUCACCCUGCCGUGUCAUCGGAGGGUAUUUUUGGGGACGGCAGCUGCAGGCAUUCCUAACGGUCAGUCCCUGCAUGCUGACGCUGGGGAGCAGAGCUGGGCGAGCAGCAGAGUGGGGUGCUGGCACCGAGAGCUGCAGGACAGAGGUGUUGGUGUGAGGUGGGUGCCCGAGGCAGGAGAUGGUGCUGGGCAGGGUGAUUGGAGGAGGGGGAGGCUGUGUGUACUGGCGCGGCUUGGGGGGGAACCUGACCCUGGCCCCCGGGGAUGAGUUCUGUCCCACAUUCCCCUUCAGCCCAACCAGGGAAUGGCUGGGUUUCUCUUUGUCCCUGCUCUCCCUGAGGGGGACAGAGAAACCUCUGUGCAGCGCUGGCCGCAGCACAGGCAGGGGCUGAGGUUUACGCUUGCCCAAGAAAGGCUCCAAGCACAGAGCCCUACUGCUGGACAUGGUGCAUGGGCAUGAGUACCUGCAGCACUGGACAUGGAAGUGGUACUCUCCGAAAGCAGGACUUGUUCUCCCUUUGUCCCUCUGCACCCUGCAGUGAUGUCCAGUCCUGGCCUUGGACGUGCAGGGGCUGGAGUUGGGACCAUGCUCAGACAGGGCCCCUCUUGCCAUGCCCCCCACUGAGCCAGGCAGGAAGCACCCGGAUGCGUCCGGAUGCCUCCAGCCCCAUGACAGCCCCUUAUCAGCACCUGUGCACUAAGCCAGUCCAGAUGCGGCAGGAAUGCGGCUCUGCCACCACCCGAUACUGCAGGAAUGCCCCAGCGGGUGGGGAAGGGCCACGCUGGGACCCGUUCUUCCUCAGCCAGCCCCAUCCCCAGCACUGCAGGGACCCAGCGAGCCCCGUGCCUCCAUGGGAAGGUGCCACCUCCCAGCCCAAGCUUAAUGCAGCGUUGCUCUGGUUGGGAUGUCUUGCACCACAGCCUGAUCCCACUCUCUGUCCUCAGGCUGAAGCUCCUGGCUCUCCUCCUGCCCCAGUCCCAAGGUGAUGGAGAGCCACGGGGCAGCCCCCCGGUUCCUGGCCUACCCACGAGCCUUCACGGCACAAAGCGGCACCGACGCCAUGCUGAGGUGCCAGAUCGCAGGUGACCCCCGGCCCAGUGUCCUCUGGGAGAAGGACACAGCCCCGAUCCAGCCUUCGGGCCGCUUCUGUGUAGAGGCCAAGGGGGAUGUGUACAGCCUACGGGUGUCCUGCGUCACCCCGCAGGAUGGCGGCCUCUAUGUUUGCAAGGCCAAGAACUGCAUUGGUGAGACCUAUGCUGCCGCCACGCUACGAGUGGAGGCUGGGGAGCAUCAGCAAGAGGAGGAGGAGGAGGAAGGCCAUGCUGGCGGCCGAGCUCCCACCUUCCUGGUGGGGCCUUCAUCUGUGCGGGUGUGCCGUGGGGAAGACGUGACCUUCUCAUGCCGAGUGUUGGGGCAACCCUCCCCGCUGCUGGAAUGGGAGAAGGAUGGCUGCAAGCUGUGUGACCUCUUUGAGAGCAGCCACUUUGCAGUGGGCCGGCAGCCUGAGGACUGGCACUACCUCAAGCUGUUUGGAGUCCGACCCCCAGAUGCAGGGGUCUAUGUGUGCCAGGCACGCAGCGGCUCCAAGGAGGCCCUGGCUGCAGCUGUGCUCCUGGUGGAGCCCUGGUGCUCCCCUUCUGACAGCACCCAGCCACGGCGAUCGCGGCAUGUGGGCACUGACACCUGGGCACCAGCACCCAACGGCACACCAAGAGCCAAGACGUUCGCUGUCAGUGCAGGGAAGCACGCCAAGUUCCGCUGCUGUGUCACCGGCAAGCCCAAGCCAGAGAUCAUUUGGCAAAAGGAUGGUAAGGUCGUGGCCCCUGGGCGCCGGCACCUGGUCUAUGAGGACCGUGAGGGCUACUUCAUCUUGAAGGUGCUGUACUGCCGGCCCCGGGACCAGGGGCUGUAUGUUUGCACCGCCUCCAACACGGCCGGGCAGACACUGAGUGCCGUGCAGCUGCAGGUGAAGGAGCACCGGCUGCGGUUCCAGGUGCCACUGGAGGAUGUGGAGGUGGCAGAGAGGGAGGAUGCAGUCCUGGAGUGCCAGGUGCCACUCGGGAGCAUCCCCACCUCCUGGUUCCUGGAGGACAGGGAGCUGCAGCCCAGCCACAAGUACGUGAUGGAGGAGUGUGGUGUGGUGCGGCGUCUGACCAUCCGCGAUGCCCGCACUGACGACGAUGGCGUCUACCUCUGCCAGAUGAAGGACCGGGGCUGCAGUGUUGCUGAGGUCUCCGUCCGAGGGCUGAUCGUGAAGAGGCUGCCGCGGAAGCUGGAUGUGAUGGAAGGAGAGAAUGCGGCUUUCUGCGUGGAGACACGGGAGGCCAUGGAGGGGAUCUGCUGGAGCCGCAAUGGGCUGCAGCUGCAUGAGUCACCACGCGCCGUGCUGAAGAGCUUCGGCAGGACGCACCUCCUGGUGCUGGUGCAUGUCACCCGUGAGGAUGCGGGCAUCAUCUGCUUCUCUGUUGGGGAGUCACUGACAUCCUCCCAGCUCCGCGUCAAGUGUAAGCCCUGGGCUGGUUUGCAUGGGGCCUCCCCGCACCCUCCGUUCUCCCCAUUCACCAAGGUCUGAAAUGGCAGAGAGAUGGGAUGGAACCUUCCAAUCCCCACUGCGCCAUGUGUUCCAGGUGUGAAACGUGACCCUCCCAGUGCACCGAUGGCAGCCCAGCUGAGCACAGAGCAGAGCAACGCAGCCCUGCUGACAUGGUGCCCUGCACCCGAUGUGCACCAUCGCCCACCCAGCACCUACAUUCUGGAGCGGCGUGAGGCGGUGGGUGGCAGCUGGGUGCAGUGCCUGAGCACUGAGCUGCCCGGCCGUGUGCAGGUGCUGGGUGACAGCGUGCCCCGUGAGGCUGACUACUGCUUCCGAGUCUGUGCUGUCAACGAGUACGGCCGCAGUGACCCUGUGGAAUUCCCUGGCUGCGUGCAUCUCGUGCCAGCUGUGCGCCUGGAGAGGGGCCUGCAGGAUGCACGGGUGCGGGAUGGUGAGGAUGCGCGCUUCUCUGUGGAGCUGUCGGCCUCAAUUCAGGGCGAGUGGUUCCUGAAUGGCACAAGGCUGCAAAGUGAGGAGAGCGGGCGCUUCAGUGUGCAGCACUGUGGGACAGAACACUCACUGCUCAUCCGCUCAGCGAGGCUGAGAGAGAGUGGUGCACAUGUCACCUUUGUGGCUAGCAGUGUGCGGGACUCGGCCACGCUGCAUGUGCAAGCCCCUCAGGCCCACAUCGCCCCAGUGCCUGAGGCACGGCGGCUCCGAGAGCUGCUGGCAGGGCUGCCGCUGCUGCUGGAGUGUGAGGUGAGCCCAGCAGGUGCUCCCGUGCGUUGGCUGAAGGAUGGCAAAGCCGUGGUGCCCAGCGAGACCCUGGGCAUCCGCUGCUGGGGUUGCCCAUCCUUGCAUGGGACUCACUCGCUCCAUGUCACCACACUGAGCCUUUUGUCCUGUGCAGAGGCACCAGUAAGGAUUGUCAGCUCCAACGAGGAGACCCCGCACACCUAUGUGGCCGGGCAGCGUGUGGAGCUGUGGUGCCAGCUGUCCCAUGCCAAGACCCCUGUGCACUGGUACAAGGAUGGGGAGGAGGUGGAGGAGAGCGAGAACCUGGUGCUGGAGCACGAGGGGCCGCGGUGCUGCCUGGUGCUGCCCUGCGCCCGCCCGCAGGAUGCAGGGGAGUUUGUCUGUGAUGUGGGUGGUGACUCUGUCUUCUAUACCAUUACGGUGGCAGGUGAGUGCAUGGUGGGAGGGGUGCGUGGCACCGGGCACUGUGAAUCCCUGCAAAAAUGGUAUCUGCUACCUUGUAAACAUGACCCCAAGCCACCAGUGAGGAUCGUGGGCUCCAAUGAGGCAGCCCCACACACAUAUGUAGCCGGGGAGCGUGUGGAGCUGUGGUGCCAGCUGUCCCAUGCCAAAACCCCGGUGCACUGGUACAAGGAUGGGGAGGAGGUGGAGGAGGGCGAGAGUCUGGUGCUGGAGCGCAAGGGGCUGCGGUGCUGCCUGGUGCUGCCCUGCGCCCGCCCGCAGGAUGCAGGGGAGUUUGUCUGCGACGUGGGUGGUGACUCCGUCUUCUACACCAUCAUGGUGGCAGGUGGGUGCCCAUUUCUUCCCCUUCUUCCCUUUGCCCUGACUGCAUGCCUGGCUGCCUCAUCACAGAAUGCAGCUUUCUCAGCUGGGUGGUCUGCUCCAUCCUUCCUGGGGCACAGCUAUGCCUCUGCAGCUUCUCUGUGUGUGGGUCUUGCAGUGAGUUGUCCUGUUCUCUUGGUUCUCCCAGCCCCGCAGGCCUGCAUCGCCCCAGUGCCUGAAGCUCAGCAGCUCCAGGAGCUGCUGGCAGGGCUGCCGCUGCUGCUGGAGUGUGAGGUGAGCCCAGCGGGUGCCCCUGUGCGCUGGCUGAAGGAUGGCAAAGCCGUGGUGCCCAGUGAGACCCUGGGCAUCCAGUCAGAAGGAUGCUGGCGGAGGCUGCACAUCCCCACGGCUGUGCCAUCGGACUCGGGGACGUACACAUGCGAUGCUGGGGAUGACAGCGUGAGCUUUGUGGUGACCGUGAGCGAGGCACCAGUAAGGAUUGUCAGCUCCAAUGAGGAGACCCCGCAUACCUAUGUGGCCGGGCAGCGUGUGGAGCUGUGGUGCCAGCUGUCCCAUGCCAAGACCCCUGUGCACUGGUACAAGGAUGGGGAGGAGGUGGAGGAGAGCGAGAACCUGGUGCUGGAGCGCGAGGGGCCGCGGUGCUGCCUGGUGCUGCCCUGCGCCCACCCGCAGGACACAGGGGAGUUCGUCUGUGACACCGGAGACACUGCUGCCUCCUAUCACGUCAUGGUGGCUGAGCCACGAGUGAGGAUUCUGUACCCUGCGCAGCGCUCGCUGGAGCUGCCAGUGCUGGCGCCGGGGCACGUGGAGCUGCGCUGUGAGCUGUCCAUGCCCGAUGCUACCGUGCGCUGGUUCAAGGAUGGGCUGGAGGUGGAUGAGACUGACAACUUGCAGCUGCUGGCGGAUGGUGCCUGGCGCUGCCUGCUCAUUCCCAGGAGCAGUGCUGAGGACACAGGGGAGUACAUCUGUGAGAGCAAGGAUGAAGCUGUCUCAUUCGAUGUCAAGGUGACAGAGCCCCCAGUGAAGAUCCUGCAGCCACAGAGACCUCCACCUGUUGUGAAGGUGUCUCCAGGGGAGACGGUGAUGCUGUCCUGUGAGUUGUCCCGUGCUGAUGCACCCGUGUGCUGGGCCAGGGAGGGUGUCUGGCUGGAGGCGGGGGGCAGCUGGGUGCUGGAAGAAGAUGGUGCCCACCGUCGCUUGCUCAUCCCUGCUGCCCGAGCUGAGCAUGCUGGAAAAUACUUCUGCGAUGCAGUUGAUGAUGCGGUGACGUUCACUGUCCAGGUGUCAGACCCUCCAGUCAGGAUCCUGGAGAGGGAUGCACUGCCAAUCUGCCGACGCUGCCGGGCCAUGGAGGAUCUGGUGCUGGAGGUGCAGCUGUCACACGCCCAUGGGGAGGUGAAGUGGUACAAGGAUGGGGAGAAGCUGCAGGACACGGGGCAUGUGCGGCUGGAGGAGGAUGGGCAGCGCCGGGCACUUGUCAUCCUGGGUGCUACAGACAGGGAUGCAGGGGAGUAUCUCUGUGACACCCAAGACGACAGUGUCAUCUUCUGCGUCACCGUGGAAGGUAACAGGGGACAUAUAAAGUGGAGAUGGACUGAAUGGGUAGGCAAGCACCCAGUGUCACAGUGUGUCUCUCCAGCCCCAGAACCACCAGUGAGCAUCGUGGGGAACAUGGGCACCACAAAGCAUUGCUGCCUGGUGGCUGGACAGGACCUGGUGCUGGCCUGUGAGCUGUCCCAGCCUGAUGCUGCCGUGCGCUGGCUGCGGGAUGGCCGGGAGCUGCAGCCAGGGGAGCGGGUGUGCAUUGUGGCCCGUGGGGCACUGCGGGAGCUCACUGUGCGCGGGGCACAGCCCGGGGACUCAGGGUGCUACGUCUGUGAUGCUGCCAGCGACCGCAUGGUGACGUGCGUAGAGGUGACAGGUGAGAGGGGUAGCAGGAGCAGGGUGGCAGAACCAGGUGAGGGCAAGAGCCCUGUCCUAAAGAGCUGUCAGCCUGGAAGGGGCAGGUCAGGGCCAUCAGACCCAUGCCUCCCACCUCCCCCAGGCAGGGGCUGGUUAAAUUUAUCCUUGGCAGGCUCCCAGGCGCCUCUCCUCCUGCUUUGGCUGCCAAGGGCUGAGCUCAGCAAGGCCUUUAUCAGCACGGCCUCCCAGGCUGUGCGCAUUGUGAACAAGGAGGAAGCGCAGAGCCCGCUGGAGGUGCAGGAGGGAGACAGUGUGACGCUGGUGGCCCAGCUGUCCCCAGAGACAGCAGCAGCACAGUGGCAGAAGGAUGGGCAGAUGCUGCUCUCAGGUGGGCGGCUGCUGGUGUGCAGCGAGGGUCCAGCACGCAGCCUCACCAUCAAGCAAGUGGAACUGGGGGAUGCUGGCACCUUUCUUUGCGAUGCUGGGGACGACGAGGUGUACUUCACACUGCAUGUGAAAGAGGCACCGGUGCUGUUUGUGAACAAGCAGGAGGAGCGGGAGAAGCUGCUGGUGCUUGAGGGUGGUAGUGCCGUGCUCUCAGCUGUCGUGUCCAAGGAGCGAGCUGACAUCACCUGGCUGUGCCCCCGGCAGCUCAUGGUGCCCAGCGAGCGCUGCCAGUUGCGGUGUGAUGGCCGUGUGCACAGCCUGAUCCUCAGCAAUGUGGCCAAGGAGGAUGCUGGAGUCUACACCUGCCUGUCCCCUGAUGACCAGAUGCAGUUUGACAUCAGCGUGCGGGAGCUGCAGGUGAAGUUUCUGCGUGGGCUCUCGGAUGUGCGGGCACGGCAGGGCGAGACAGUGGUGUUGUGGUGCGAGUUGUGCAAGGCCCGUGGCGACGUGGUGUGGCUGAAGGAUGGGCGGGUGCUGGAGCCUGAUGCGCGCUGCGAGGUCCGGGUGCAGGGCCGGGAGCGCUCGCUGGUGCUGAGCUGUGUGGGACCUGAGGAUGCUGGGGAGUACUGCUGCGAGUCCAAUGAUGACCGCACGCUGGCCACGCUGACGGUGCAGGUGCGCAGAGUGGUGGAGAUCAUUGUGGAGCUGCAGAGCCUGACGGUGCUGGAGGGGGACGAUGCCACCUUCAAGUGCAUGGUGUCCCCUGAGGACGUGGCAGUGACAUGGCAGCUGGAUGGGCAGCCAGUCGUGCCCAGCGAGCGGCUGCAGGUGGCCAGGAAUGGGCUGUGCCAUAGCCUCACCAUGCGGGGCUGCCAGCCAGGCGACGCGGCCACUGUGACAGCCAAUGCCGAGGGGUUGCUGAGCACAGCCCGGCUCAGUGUGCAGGAGGCACAGGUGCUGUUUGUGCAGAAGCUGCGGGAUGUGGUGGCAGAGGAGCAGCAGGACGUGUGCCUGGAGGUGGAGGUGAGCCAUGAGGCAGCCGAGGUGCAGUGGCUGAAGCAAGGCGUGCUCCUCCAGCCCAGCGACAAGUACCUGAUGUGUGAGUCUGGGUGCCGGCGCACCCUCACCAUCUGCAGUGUCAGCCCCUCUGACCGUGGCACCUACCGCUGCGAGAGCCUGCACGACCGCACACAGGGCAAGCUCAGCGUGGAGCAACAAGGCUAUGUGCUAGGGCACCACUCGUCAGCACUGUCCCUAUCCCUCGCAGCCCAGAAAGUGUCAAUCCGGAGGCCGCUGGCUGACGUGGAGACCUUUGAGAAGCAGACAGCCACCUUCCUGCUGGAGCUGUCCCACGCUGGUGUGCCUGGGGUCUGGACACAUGGUGGUGUGCGGGUGAAGCCCAGUGCCACGUGCCGGGUCAGCGCCAUGGGCUGUACGCACAGCCUGACGCUGGAGGGGCUGGCACUGGAGGACUCAGGCACCAUCACCUUCACUGCUGACACUCUGCGCUGCAGCGCCCGCCUGCUCGUGCGGGAGCCUCCCAUCAGCAUGGUGAAGCUCCUGCAGGACCUGGAGGUUCCAGAGGCAGGGGCUGCCACCUUCGAAUGCGAGCUGUCCCGUCCCAGCGCUGAGGUGAAGUGGCUCAAGGUGAGAGCUCAUGUGCUCCCCAUCCAGGCUGAUGGCCUCAUCCCCCAGGUGCCACCUUCUCUGCAAGGCUGUGCACAGGGUGAGGGGAACCAACCCAGCCAACCUUGACCACACUGUCUACACAGGACGGGAUGGAGCUGCGGCCGAGCCCCCACUGCCGCAUGUACUCUGCGGGUCGACGCCGCCUCCUGCAGCUCAACCACUGUGCAUUGCCUGA